AUGUCAACUGGGAUUUAUUCAUCCAUCGAACCGACGCUAUCGGCGUUUAAUACAGAGGAAUACAGCCCACAAUUGGUGGAAGGUGUUGAUUCUGUGCUUAUUAUUGGGUCUGGUGGACUUUCCAUCGGACAGGCCGGAGAAUUUGACUAUUCAGGGUCUCAGGCUAUCAAGGCGUUGAAGGAAGCUAACAAGAAGACAAUUUUGGUGAACCCCAACAUUGCCACGAACCAGACGUCGCAUUCGCUAGCUGACGAGAUUUACUAUCUCCCAGUGACUCCUGAGUAUAUUACGUACAUUAUCGAGCGCGAAAGACCGGAUGCGAUUUUGUUGACUUUUGGUGGUCAAACGGGUCUAAAUUGCGGUGUUGCUCUCGAUAAGGCGGGCGUGCUAGCUAAAUACAACGUUAAAGUGUUGGGUACCCCAAUCAAGACGUUGGAAACUUCGGAAGACAGAGACCUUUUCGCACAGGCUUUGAAAGAAAUCGAUAUUCCAAUUGCGGAGUCUAUUGCAUGUGACACUAUAGAUGCGGCUUUGGAAGCAGCUGAAACGGUGGGGUUCCCUGUGAUCGUCAGAUCGGCAUAUGCCCUUGGUGGUUUGGGGUCUGGUUUCGCUAAUAAUGCGCAAGAAAUGAAGCAAUUAGCGUCUCAAUCGCUUUCCUUGGCUCCACAAAUUUUGGUCGAAAAAUCGCUAAAGGGUUGGAAGGAAAUCGAAUACGAAGUGGUUAGAGAUCGUGUUGGAAACUGUAUCACGGUAUGUAACAUGGAGAAUUUCGACCCAUUGGGUAUUCAUACCGGUGAUUCCAUUGUCUUUGCCCCCUCUCAAACUUUAUCCGAUGAAGAGUUCCACAUGUUGAGAAGCGCAGCUAUCAAAAUUAUUAGACAUUUGGGUGUCAUUGGUGAAUGUAACGUUCAAUACGCUUUGAGCCCAGACAGCUUAGAUUACAGAGUCAUUGAGGUUAACGCUCGUCUAUCCCGUUCCUCUGCAUUGGCCUCAAAGGCCACUGGUUACCCAUUGGCCUACACUGCGGCAAAGAUCGCCUUAGGAUACACUUUGCCCGAACUACCUAACCCAAUUACAAAAACGACAGUAGCAAACUUCGAGCCCUCCUUGGAUUACAUCGUCGCCAAGAUUCCGCGUUGGGAUCUAUCCAAAUUUCAGCACGUUAACAGAAAUGUUGGUUCCUCUAUGAAAUCUGUGGGUGAAGUCAUGGCUAUUGGUAGGAAUUUCGAAGAAGCUUUCCAAAAGGCCAUCAGAGAGAUUGAUCCAUCCUUCAUUGGUUUCCAAGGUUCUGAUGAGUUUGACGAUUUGGACGAUGCCUUGAGUGAACCUACUGACAGAAGAUGGCUAGCUGUUGGGCAAGCGCUUAUUCACGAAGGUUAUACCGUUGAAAGAGUCCAUGAAUUGACCAAAAUCGACUCAUGGUUCUUGUACAAAUGUAUGAACAUCGUUGAUAUGUACAAGGAUUUGGAGGAAGUUAAUGAUUUGCAUUCGUUGGACAAAGAUUUGCUACAAGAUGCUAAAAAGCUAGGUUUCUCGGACGCCCAAAUUGCUUUGUGUUUAAACAAAAACAGCACAAACAAGACAAACGAAUUGGAAGUCAGAAAAUAUAGAAAGUCGUUUGGUAUCGUUCCAUUUGUUAAGAGAAUUGAUACUUUGGCUGCAGAAUUCCCAGCUCAGACCAACUAUUUGUACACGACUUAUAAUGCCACUAAGAGCGACAUCACAUUUACCGAUAAUGGGGUUUUGGUCUUGGGUUCAGGUGUCUACAGAAUUGGUUCUAGUGUCGAAUUUGAUUGGUGUGCCGUCAAUACUACUAAAGCUUUAAGAAAGGAAGGUAAGAAGACAAUCAUGAUCAACUAUAACCCUGAAACGGUAUCUACAGACUUUGAUGAAGUUGACAGACUAUAUUUCGAAGAACUCUCCUUCGAAAGAGUUAUGGAUAUUUACGAACUAGAAAACUCAGAAGGGUGUGUUAUUUCAGUUGGUGGUCAAUUACCACAAAAUAUUGCUCUCAAAUUGCUACAUAACGGUGCAUCCAUUUUAGGAACUUCUCCAGAGGACAUUGAUAAUGCGGAAAACAGACACAAGUUCUCCACAAUUUUGGAUUCUAUUGGAGUUAAUCAGCCUGAAUGGAGCGAACUUACGUCUGUUGAAGACGCCAAGACUUUCGCAAACCAGGUUGGAUACCCUGUGUUGAUCCGUCCUUCUUACGUUUUAUCCGGUGCAGCUAUGAGUGUUGUGGAAGGUGAACAUGAACUUGAGGUUAAACUAACGUCCGCUUCUGAUGUUUCUCCAGAUCACCCAGUUGUGAUGUCUAAAUUUAUCGAAGGGGCUCAAGAAAUUGAUGUUGAUGCUGUUGCUCACAACGGUAAAGUAAUUGUUCAUGCUAUUUCUGAACACGUGGAAAAUGCAGGUGUGCAUUCCGGUGAUGCAACUUUGGUGUUGCCUCCACAGAAUUUGUCCCAAGAUAUCAAGGACAGAUUAAAAGAUAUUGCCGAUAAAGUAGCAAAGGCAUGGAACAUUACCGGACCUUUCAAUAUGCAAAUUAUCAAAGAUGACAGAGAUGCAGGUACAUCUUUGAAGGUUAUUGAAUGUAAUAUCAGAGCCUCUAGAUCAUUCCCAUUCGUUUCCAAGGUAUUAGGUAUCAAUUUCAUUGAAAUUGCUGUACAAGCAUUUUUGAACAAACAUGUACCUGAACCAACCAAUUUGAUGGACAAAAAGUACGAUUAUGUGGCUACUAAAGUACCACAAUUCUCGUUUACUAGACUUGCUGGAGCAGAUCCUUAUUUGGGUGUGGAAAUGGCAUCAACAGGUGAAGUUGCAUCUUUCGGAAAGAACGCCCUGGAAAGUUACUGGACUGCUAUUCAAAGUACCAUGAAUUUCAACGUUCCAUUGCCACCUAGUGGUAUCCUUUUCGGCGGUGAUUUGUCUAAGAACUAUUUGGGUGAAGUGGUAAAAUACAUUGCACCAUUAGGUUACAAGUUGUAUGCCACCAAUGAAGAAACCAAGAAAUAUCUAGAAUCAUAUUCUAAAGACGCCAAGGUCGACUUGAUUGAAUUCCCUAAAAAUGACAAGAGAAAGUUGCGUGAACUUUUCCAGGCAAAGGAUAUAAGUGCAGUCUUUAACCUUGCUGCAAAGAGAGCGGAAACCUUGGAAGACGUUGAUUACGCAAUGAGAAGAAACGCUAUUGAUUUCGCUCUACCGUUAUUCAAUGAACCUCAAACUGCCAUGCUUUUCGCAAAGUCACUCAACUUAAAGCUUAAGGAAAAGCUAAUGGUGUUGGAAUCUAAAGACGUUGUUGUUCCAAAAGAAGUUCGUACAUGGAGCGAAUACUUACACGGUAAGCCACUAUAA